AGCAAUAAUGAUAAUGAUAGAUAUAAAAUGGCGGAUACCGAGUCGAGGAAUAAAGACAGUUCAGUUUUGUGUCAAAAAGAUACAAUGGUUAAACAAGAAAAACGUGAAAAUAUAAUAACAAAUGGAGGCAAAGGCUCAGGAGAUGAUGCAGAUAGCCUUGAAGAAAUGCCCCUGGAAAUUGGUGAACAUUAUUUGGUCAGACGAUCUGAUGAUUCUUGGCAUCCAGCAGAAAUAAUUCAAACACGUUUUAAUGAGGUUGAAGGUCAUUAUGAGUACUAUGUUCAUUAUGAAGGAUACAACAGAAGACUUGAUGAAUGGGUACCAAGAGAUAGAAUUAUGUCAAGUAGAUUUGACAUGAGUGAUCGUACCUGGAAAACUAGUGAAUUAAAUCCAGCAAGUGAUUUAUUAGCUGAUUCAUCAGACAGAAAAAUAACAAGAAAUCAAAAACGAAGACACGAUGAAAUUAAUCAUAUUCAAAAGACAUAUGCAGAAAUGGAUCCAACAACAGCAGCACUUGAAAAAGAACAUGAAACAAUAACAAAAGUAAAAUAUAUUGAUAAAAUACAAAUUGGAAAAUAUGAAAUAGACACAUGGUAUUUUAGUCCAUAUCCAGAAGAAUAUGGUAAACAAUCAAAGCUAUGGAUUUGUGAAUAUUGUUUAAAAUAUAUGCGUUUAGAAAAAACUUAUCGUUAUCACAUGAGUGAAUGUACACAUAGACAACCAGUUGGUAAAGAAAUAUAUAGAAAAGGAACACUUAGUAUAUGGGAAGUUGAUGGAAGAGAACAUAAAAUAUAUUGUCAAAAUUUAUGUUUACUUGCAAAGUUAUUUUUAGAUCAUAAAACAUUGUAUUUUGAUGUUGAACCAUUUUUAUUUUAUAUAUUAUGUGAAGUUGAUAAACAUGGAGCACAUCUUGUUGGUUAUUUUUCAAAAGAAAAAGAAUCACCAGAUGGUAAUAAUGUUGCUUGUAUAUUGACACUACCACCAUUUCAAAGACAAGGAUAUGGCAAGUUGUUAAUUGCAUUUAGUUAUGAAUUAAGUAAAAUUGAACAAACAGUAGGAAGUCCAGAAAAACCAUUGAGUGAUCUUGGAAAAUUAUCAUAUCGUAGCUAUUGGAGUUGGGUAUUGUUGGAAAUUCUUCGUAAUUCAAUGGGUACAACAAGCAUCAAAGAUUUAAGUCAAAUGUCUAGUAUUUCACAGACAGAUAUUAUAUCAACAUUACAAAGUAUGAAUAUGAUAAAAUAUUGGAAAGGUCAACAUGUCAUUUGUGUUACACCAAAAGCCGUUGAAGAACAUAUUAAAAGUAAUCAAUUUAAAAGACCAAGAUUAUGUGUUGAUAAAGAUGCAUUGAGAUGGGGUGCACCACCACGUAAAAAUAUUAAACCUGGUAAAAAAUAACAAACAACAAGGACCCAACAAAAAAUUGGGUCAAUCAGUUGAUAUUGAUUAUUAUUCGAUGAAAUCAUCAUCAAGUGUUACUUACAAAAUAAAUAUGAAAUUUUAAAAUAAUAAUAAUAAUAAUAAUUAACAAAAAGAAAAAACAAAAGCCAUUGUUGUUAUUAUUAUUAUUAUUAUUCAAGUUGGUUUGUUUGAUUUACGGGAGUGUGUAUUCUUUUUCUAAUUAAUUUAACUAGAUUAAACAGUAUUUUAUAUAUAAUUUUAAUUUAAAAUAAUUCAAGUGGAGUGUAUGAAGCUAAUGAUAAAUUUUUAUGUUACAUGUUUAUAUCUAGUUGUCUCAGGUAAAUAAAACAUUAUCCAAAAAUAUAUCAUAUUAUUAUUUAAUUUAUUUUUCGAAAUACUAUUUUUUAUUAUGAAUAUUAUAACAUAUAAAUAAAGUGGAAUGUUUGAUACAUUCAAACAAAUAAAACGUAUAUGAGUAAUAAAGAGAAAGAGAGAGAGAGGGAGAGGUGUGUUUCCAUGUGUUGAAGUUUUUCAUUGUAAAUAAGAGAAAAUUGAAUUCUUUCGAUGCAAAGCAAUGCAAAGAUCAGCAAAAAAAAUAAAAAUAAUAAUCAAAAUAAAAAAAUAUAAUGUAUAUCUAUAAUAUAAAAAAAUUAAUAAAUGAAUAAAUAACAAGUAAAAAA